CUCCUUAGCUCGCAUGCUCACCUCUUUGCCCCCUUCCUCCACCACGCGCCCAUCAGCGUGGCGCGUCGCCGCCGCGCUGCUUGCUGCGACAGGUGCUGCCGUGCUGUUCGCCUCGGCCAGCCGCGACGCGAACUUUCUGCGGCAUUACAAUGAGGCCGACGCGAGCUCGAGGCUUGCUUCGAUGCUCGCUAUGAUGCGCGCUCCCUCCACCGCCUCGUCGUCGCCACAUUAUGCCUACACCGAACGGGAGCGCCCACCGCCGCCGCCUUCGCCUUUGCCACCUCCGCCGCCCUCGCCGCCGCCGCCGCUGCCGCCGCCGCCGUCGCCACUGCCGCCGCCGCCACCGCCGCUGCCGCUGACGGCGUCACCGAUGCCGCCGACGGCGUCGCCAGCGGAGGACCGGUUUGGUUUCGACGCCGAGAAGGCGGAUGGCGCGGAGAAGGCGGCCUGCGCCGAGGUGAUGUGUAUGAUCUACUGCGAGCACGGCUUCCGCCAAGGCGAGGACGGCUGCCCGAUGUGUGAGUGUGAAGUCGGCGGAGACCUCGCCAGCCAGUCGGGGCUGUUGGGCGAUCUGUCGCCGGGGGAGGAGGAUGGCGGUCUCUCCGAGAGCGGCGGCUGGGAGAUGCCAGGCCUCGCGGGGACCGCCGGUGUCAUCUCCCUCCUCCGCGGCGCUGGACUGACCUCGGAGGAGGGCGCGGCCCCUGGCGUGCCAGUGGAGAGGGAUGCGCCGGAGAGGCCGCGCGUGCACCCGCGGUACGCCCCGGCCAAAGCCGCCGGGGAGGAGGCGGCGGCGGGCGAGGCGGCGGCGGAUGACACCGCGCAAGCCUUUGCGGCGCGGCACGGCCUGAGCGCGGCCGCUCUGACGGAGCUUGAGGAGCUGCUCGGGUCGCGGUGCAAGGAGCCGCCCUCGCCUACGUGGCCGAGCUGGCCUUAGACAUUCGGCCUGUCGGGGGCCAUGCGAGCGAGCCCAAGACCGCAUCACUAGCUGCGUGCGGCGACGCGUACUGUUUUCGCAUUGUGUGUGUAAGUGUAACGGCUCUGUCCGUCAUGUUACUGUAUCAGUUCCCUCCCCAGGUCAGACGGACGCGUGGGGACGGUCCGUACUGGACGGCUGCCAGCGCUUACUGCUAUAAGGCUUACUCUGCCAAAAAA